UCCAAUGCGCUCUCGGCUACGCUCGUGUCGGGGAUGAGUGUCGCCGCGUAGCUUUGCCGGCGAGUAUGUGAUCAAGUUCCGCAACACGAGCACGAGAUAUUUCCGUAAACCCGGAUGUUUUCGACGGAGUAAUUCACAAUGAACCUCACCGCGGGUAACACGCACGGCAAUGGCUUGCUCUACGCCGGCUUCAAUCAGGAUCAAGGAUGCUUUGCUUGUGGUAUGGAAAAUGGGUUCAGAGUAUAUAAUUGUGAUCCACUGAAGGAGAAAGAGAGACACGAUUUCAGCGAUGGAGGUCUUGGAUACGUAGAAAUGCUUUUUAGAUGUAACUAUUUAGCAUUGGUUGGUGGUGGAUCCAAGCCGAUGUAUCCAACAAAUAAAGUUAUGAUAUGGGACGACAUAAAAAAAUUACCGGCAAUCACUUUAGAAUUUAAUGCACCUGUGAAAGGAGUGAAAUUGCGGAGGGACAGGAUAGUAGUAGUGCUAGAAGGUGUUAUAAAGGUUUACACAUUUACACAAAAUCCUCAACAGUUACACGUGUUUGAAACUAAUCCCAAUCCGCGAGGAUUGUGUGUUCUGUGCCCGAAUAGUAAUAACUCCUUGCUUGCCUUUCCUGGACGGAAAAACGGCCAUGUUCAAGUUAUAGAUCUGGCCAAUACAGAGAAACAACCUUUAAAUAUAGAAGCACACGAAACGCCUUUAUCUUGCAUAGCGUUAAAUCUGCAGGGUACUAGAUUGGCUACUGCCUCGGAGAAAGGUACUUUGAUAAGGGUGUUUGAUACGCAAAAUGGAAACAUGAUUAACGAAUUAAGAAGAGGAGCGAAUCAUGCGAAUAUUUAUUGCAUAAAUUUUAAUCACGAUUCUACAUGGUUGUGCGUUGCCAGCGAUCACGGAACCGUACACGUAUUCGCCGUCGAAGAUCAAAAAUUAAAUCGCCAAUCUAGUUUAGCGUCUGCCACGUUCCUGCCAAAGUAUUUUAGCUCGAGUUGGAGUUUCUGUAAAUUUCAAGUACCCGGUGGACCUCAGUGUAUGUGUGCAUUUGGUCAAGAUAACAAUAGCAUCAUAGUGAUAUGCGCAGACGGUAGUUAUUACAAGUUCGUAUUCAACAACAAGGGUGAAUGCACGAGAGACUUUUAUGCGCAGUUCCUCGAAUUGACCGACGACAAAGUGUGAUCGGAGGAUAUAACGGCGGUGCACUCCUAAACGUAACGAAAAACGAGAGAGAACGAGACUUUCGUAUUCCUUUGGUUUUAUUUGCAUCUGCUGAUAAUAAGAUCGAGCGGGUACGGCGAAGGUACGUCGCGUUUAUAGAGAUUACAACACAUGAGCUGUUUAUAUAAAGGAAAUAACGUCCACGUUGGACGAUAUGAUAGAGGACCAAAUGAAGAGUUCUAUUAAUUGUUGGUAACACCGAUCAUUGGUGCAUUGUACGCAGCUUCUCGAAGAGAAAGACAAAACAGAAAAGAUUAUUGGCGAACGUCGAAAAACGCGUUAACAAAGAGUGUGUCAUAAACUUGUUACACGAGCCUAUUCGCUGACGCCUAUUAAUAGAAGAGCAAGUUUUUAAAUACGACAAACAAAAGGAAUACCUCAGGUAACACCAGGGGACACCGCAAGUUACUUGUUGGCGUGAUACUCACAUUUUCUUACAUUUUAGAUAAAAAUGCUGCUGCGACUAGUUAAACGUUGGCCAUAAAUAUUAUUGUGACAAAAAGAAAAUAAUCAUUUUUCAUAGCUUUGCGGUAAAAGCUUCGCAACACAAUCGUGUAUCCCUAUCGUGAUCAUGUGUUUUGCAGUCCUACACAUUUUUUUUGUUAUAUAUAUCACGUUAUAUAUAUCACGCAUCAUUAUAAAAACGAUAUACAUCCCCUUCGUACAUACUCUUCGACAAUUUUAAGCAGAUUAUUGUUACACGUUGGUUUUUGGCGAUUUAAUAAAUGUGUCUUUGUUUCAUAGCCGAAUCAUGUCAUGUUAUUAUACAUGUCAUAUACAUAUAUAUGUCGUACUGGAAUAUUGUAAUUUUUAUUUUUAGUUUUUUCCAUUUAUAUAUAUUUUUUUUUAUAAUAUACAUAUACACAAGAAGUGAUUCUACACUUUAUAUCACACGGAUAUUGUUGCAAAAUAACAAGAUUGUAAUUUCACAAAGAAGUUGGGUUUAAAUACAAAAUAAAACUAAUUAUGCCACGA